UACUUGAUGGUGUUGUGCCACACAUUAUCUUUCCAUAGUUGUUUUGUUUAUUGUAUGUGCGUCAUUAGACCAAUUUCACUUAAGAACGAGGCUGCAGAUCCUGGUAAGAAGCUCGCGUGUAUCAUUACCGGUCCAUGGCGAGGUGCUAUGCGCCUCCUCGGAACUUCUACCCAGUAAAGCCGUAUAGGUUUCAGUGAAAUCAAAAACCAGUCCAGUCCUCACGUGACACACUGAGCAUCAACUUACAUCAGCUAAGGUGACACUAUCUGGUUCAGUCGUUAACCUCUGGUCAUCAGGAUGGCAGAAGCCACGAAGAAGAAGAACUAUCGCGUUUCCGAGGCCUACAAGGACCUCACUGAAUUAUCCUCUGACCUAAUUGCCUCGUAUGGGCCCUCUAUUGUUGAGCUUGACAUCAGCUACAACAAAUUCAAAGAUCUCAGAUUCCUACAAGAACUGCCCAAGUUGAAGAGUCUAGUGGCCGACCACAACCACCUGACCUCACACGUUAAAAUUCCACAUUGUGCAAGUCUUGAGACUCUGUGGGUCAAUCAGAACAGGAUACAAAACCUAAGUCUAUUUAUAGCCACAGUAGCUAAGAGCUGUCCGAAUCUUAAAAUACUGUCAAUGAUGAAAAACGAAGCUGCCCCGAGUUUCUUUAAUGGUGGCGACUAUCAACAAUACAAAGACUACAGGUAUUUUGUGAUAAGCAGCUUACCAAAUUUGGAGGUAUUAGACUUCAGUCGUAUUACUCCCGAAGAGAAAUCUGAAGCCCUCAGAAUCUAUCCAAUCUCUAUUGUUCAUACGAGAAAAUAUAAAUCUGGGAAACGGAAUCGGAAACCUAAGGCUUCCUCCUAACGACACAACUGUAACAGUCACUAGCGCCUACCACACGCUUCUCUACACAUUCAAACUGUUUCCAGACGUUGUGAAUGAACAGACAAUAGGAAAUGAGCAUCGAAGUCUUUGAGUCUAGAGAAAUGCAGAGACAGAAUUCACAAGGGAUAUUUGAAGCAUCUUGAACAAGUCAUUGACCAUGGCUUUAGAAAUGUCUUACAAAUCAAACCAUUGAUAUCAGCGUUAAUGUUUAAACGUUUAAAUAAGUCUAACAUUCAGACAUUAUAUCCAAGUUUUGAGGACAUUGUUCCGGGUUGACUUGUUAUCUCAUUAACUAUAAAAGUGAUUCAAGGUUUUCAAAGAUGCUACUAAAGAAUGUUUGCUUUGCUGUGUGGUAUGCUCUUCAAACUAACGUCAAGAUCGCCAAUCCCUGUCCACUGACCAGGUCGAAAUGAUCUUCAUUUCUGAAGAAGGGGUCGGAAAACGUGAAUCUUAACUGAACUGAGGUACUGUUAAUUGUGUCAAUAAUCAAACGACGCCAUACACUUUUUUUUAGAUCUAAUGACUCGUUUCCUGUCAAGUUUUGUUCUACGUCAUACAAGACAAAACGUCACAACUGGAUCUUCAUAAGUAUUUAAACUUCUUGAAUUGCAGCCCGUUUCAAAAUGAUGGCAUUAUUCGCUCACCGGAUACACCGAACUUUCAUUUUAAUCAAUAUGCACGUUCAAUUUUUUUUUUUAAAUGUACAUUUUUAUCCACUCGAGAUUUAUGGUUGGCUUGGCUCAUUGUGCAUUGGACGACAUUUCUUUGUAGUGGAACAUGACAACAUAGCAUUGGAGUGCUAUUUAACAGAACGCUACUGUGAUGUUACCAAGUGUUUUAUAUAUAUUUCACAAAAAUUGGGAUACAGGUUUUAAUUGUAUAUUUAUUGUUUUUUAAAUGUUCUCUUUGCAAUAUUUUAAUCAAACCUGACACAAGUUGGCUUGACUGUUGUUUUUUCAGUGUCCUUCCAUGACUUGAUCUAACAAUGUGAAACUUUGCAUAAAUAAAACCUGUAUGACUGCUGAAUGAUCCCACCUCUCUCAAUGUAAUGGAGUGUGAGUGUGUUUCUAUGGUGACGGAGGUUAGCGAUUGGUUGUGAAUGAUGCAACAUAGCAGGCAUUGUCGUCACUUGGUCUUAGUUAGGGGAGACGACUCCUGAGCGUGAGACUGAAAGGUUGUGUUAUUGUAAUAAUAAGAUUUUGUUAAAAGAUAUCAUUACUAAAGUCUACUAUUAGAAGUUGAUUUUGUUUAUAUUAUAAAUAAAGUUCUAUUUAGUUUGUUCACCAAA